UUUUGUUCUCAAGAACCCAGAAAAUGGCUAUUCAGAUGCAAAUAUUUAUGAUUCUUGGCAUGAUCCUAUGCCUCACAUCAGUAGCUCAUGCCGCUCAAGGAAAUGCAGUCUUCUAUAAUCCCCCUUACACCCCGUCAGCGUGCUAUCAGAACCAGGACCAUGGAAGCAUGGUCACUGGAGUCAGCGAUGCCCUAUGGGAAGAUGGAGCAGCGUGUGGAAGAAAUUACACCGUGCGAUGCAUCGGAGCGGCGAAUGAAGCGCCGCACCCUUGCCAUGAUGGAGCAAGUGUUGAAGUGACAGCUGUCGAUUAUUGCGAAGAAAUAUGCAAUGGAGUUCUUAAUCUUUCCCAAGAUGCUUUUGCUUUGAUUGCUGAUCUUGAUGCCGGCAAAGUUCAAGUUGAAUACGACCAGGCUUGACUUGAAGCUUUUAUAGUUAAAGGGUUCUCCUCCCUGGUGGGAAGAAGAUGAUACUUCAAAUUUAUAAGCAGGAAAUUAUGAAAUAACAAGCUGCAUCUCUGGCAAAUAUUAUAUAUAUGUAUAAAUAUGUAAGCUUAAUGGAGCUGUAUCUGAA